UGAUCAGCCAAGAACGAGUUCAGAUUCUUCUUUCUUGCUGCGAUUGUUUUUUAUUCGAGAUAUGGCGGCGACUGACGUGUUCGUCAAGGCCGGCAAGCCGCUCGUCGAGAACGAGGCCGGGUCGUACCUCGCCUGGUCCGGCAAGGACCAGCCGGCCGUCGCCGGGGAGAAGCUCGGGUGCGGGCUGCUUGUCUUGAAGCCCCUCGGCUUCGUGCUGCCGCACUACGCCGACUCCGGCAAGUUCGGCUACGUUCUUGGCGGCAGCGCGGUGAUCGGUGUUCUCCCCGUGGGGGUGGACGCCAGGGAGAGGGUGGUGCGGCUCGAGGCCGGCGAUGUCAUCGCCGUGCGCGCCGGGGAGGUCACGUGGUGGUACAACGACGCGGAUAACGGUGGUGAGGAUGUCACCAUCGUGUUCGAGGGUGACACGGCGGGCGCCGUCAGCCCCGGCGACAUCUCGUACUUCAUCCUCGCCGGCGGGAUGGGCGUCUUGGGAGGCCUCGACGCCGGCCUCCUCGCCACGGCGUCGGGGCUGACGCCGGAGCAGGCAGCCACCGCCUUCCGGAGCCAACCGGCCGCGCUGCUCACCAAGCUGAGCCGCAAGCUGGACGGCGUCCGCCCACGCGAGCACGACAGGCACGGUCUCGUCGUGAACGCCGCGCGUGUGCCGGCGGACAGCGCCGGGACGAAGACGGUCACCGCCGCGCACCUGUCGUCGCUUGGCCAGCUCGGGUUCAGCGUCGGCCUCUCGCGUCUCGAGGCCGGCGCCGUGCGCGGACCCUGGGCCCUCCGCGACGCCGCGGCGCAGGCGGUGUACGUCGCCCGGGGAAGCGGGCGCGUCCAGAUCGCCGGCGCCGGCGGCGCGUCGACGCAGCUGGACGGGAAGGUCGCGGCGGGGAAACUGCUCGUCGUGCCCCGGUACGCCGGGGCGCUCGUGGCCGCGGACGCCGGCGGCAUGGAGAUGGUGUCGCUGAUCAAAAGCCCUAGGCCGGAGGUGGAGCACUUCGCCGGGAAAGGCUCGGUGCUCGGCGGCCAGACGCCGGCGAUCGUGCAGGCGGCGCUCAAUGUGUCGCCGGAGUUGGUGGAGCAGCUCGGGACCAAGUGAGCAAAUUAAAAGCAAGCGCUGGAUAGCCUGGAUUUGAUAUCUAGCAUGUCUGGUUGUCAACAUAUGACACGCUAAGGGG